GUGUUUACUCCGGCCGGCGUAGUAUCUACUACUACUUUAAUAUAGUCAGCGGCGGUUGAAAGUUGUGUUACAGAUGAGUCGCGUACUGUGUCAACGUGUGUUGUCUCUCAGGUUAAUAAGAAUAUCAAUGGCUCGCAGUGCUUCUUUUCUUAUUAACGAUCCCAAAUACUCCUUUUUAUCUGAGUUGGGAUUGAAAGACAGGAAUGUUGGUGUGUUCAACGGAAAGUGGGAGGCGAACGGCCAGACGAUCCAGUCAUAUAGUCCAGCGCACGGCAAGGUUAUAGCAGAAGUGCAAGCAGCCAGUCCCUCCGACUAUGAAGCUUGUGUCACAGCAGCAGAGCAAGCCUGGCACGAGUGGGCUGAGCUACCUGCUCCGGUCAGAGGAGAAAUUGUUCGACAGAUAGGAGACGCCCUUAGAGACAAAUUGGAUCCUUUGGGGAAAUUGGUAUCGUUAGAAAUGGGGAAAAUUCUACCCGAAGCGAUUGGUGAAGUUGUGGAGUACAUUCACGUAUGCGAUCUGGCUCUCGGGCUAUCACGUAGUCUACCUGGAACCAUUUUCCCGUCUGAACGACCAGGGCACGUGUUGCUGGAGAAAUGGAACCCUCUCGGUACCAUUGGUAUCAUCACAGCAUUUAACUUCCCUGUCGCUGUGUUCGGAUGGAACAGUGCUAUAGCCAUGGUAUGUGGAGAUUCAAGUGUAUGGAAGCCGUCAGAGACAACGUCUUUGGUAGCAGUAGCUGUUACAAAAAUUGUCGAGAGUGUGCUGAAGAAGAACAACGUUUCUCCAGCCAUCGCUUCGCUAUGCGUGGGUGACAAGGAUAUUGGAGAAAAACUAGUCAAAGACCCAAGGAUGAAACUCGUGUCUUUCACAGGCAGUACUGCUGUUGGACAGCAGGUAGGCGUAGAAGUUCAAAAGCGCUUCGGACGCCACCUCCUCGAAUUGGGAGGCAACAACGCGAUCAUCGUGAAUGAGGAUGCAAACUUGGACUUACUCCUAAACGCCGCUUUGUUUGCUUGUGCCGGUACAGCUGGACAACGAUGCACUACCACUAGGAGACUGAUGAUCCAUAAGAAGGUAUACAGCGAAGUAGUAACGAGGUUAACAAAGGCAUUCGCUGGUGUAGUGAGCAAGAUCGGCGAUCCGUUGCUCCCUGAAACUCUAAUUGGCCCUCUGCAUACACCCAACGCUGUUGAGGCUUACAAGAAAACUGUAGCUGAAAUCGUGAAACAAGGAGGCAAGAUCGAGUUCGGCGGAAAAGUUAUCCAACGAGAGGGCUACUUCGUGGAGCCCACCAUCGUCACAGGCUUGGCGCACGAUUCGCCGCUAGUGAAGACGGAAUGCUUCGCACCUAUCGUGUACUGCAUCGAAAUUCCCGAUAUGGAGACCGGCAUCAAAUACAAUAACGAAGUUGAGCAGGGACUGUCUUCCAGUCUAUUUACAGAAAAUUUGGGCAAUAUCUUCAAGUGGAUUGGACCCCACGGCUCAGACUGUGGCAUUGUGAACGUGAACAUCCCGACAAACGGCGCGGAAGUAGGCGGAGCCUUCGGUGGGGAGAAAGCCACUGGCGGCGGUCGCGAGUGUGGAUCAGACUCUUGGAAAAACUAUAUGAGACGCUCCACUGUCACUAUCAAUUAUUCAGGUGCUAUUAAACUAGCACAGAACAUUAAGUUUGGCGAUGAAUAACGAUAAUGUAUAAUGUUUUUAGACAUACAUACACUCUGUGUAAAUGCGAAUAUAGGUUGAUUGACAGACUGUCUGAAAUUAAAUGUUCCUUUAUAAAGUAUGAACAUGCUUACAGGAUUUAAAAAAACAUAGUGUCUGAUGAAUUUAGUAUGCCUAAAUGAAGACUG